AUGGACAUUCGAAAAUAUGGCUAUGCCUUUGAGGAUAAAAGGAAGAGUUUGUCUGAUAGUACCAUGAAGAACAAAAGCUUACAAGYCACCGAAAACAACAAUGAAGUAACAAUGAGGCGAAGAAGAGAAGAGAGUGAAAUGGAUUUUGAGCUAAAUGGCGUUCCCUUUGCAAAGAGCUCAAAGACAGUACGAAGAACAAACAAAUUAAACUGUCUAAGUCUUYCGCAAGAUUUCGACGACAACCUGGAAMCUAAUGUCUAUGAUGUUUCGACUGCAUGGAUGUUGGAAAAAAGGACCAAACAAUUUCCUUGGGAAACAGUUGGCCAUGCACGACGCGAAAAUUUUGGCAACAGUAUACGAGUCGAAAGCAUCGACGCAAAGCCCUUUCCUUUUGGAGUAGUGAGUAGUUACAAACUCUUUCCUUAA